AUGCUGAGAACCCCACAUUGGAAAAAAACAGAGAGACAACGGCGAGUAAAUAAACUAAAAACACACCUCGCAACUCCAACACCCGGGGUGGGAGAAAGCAUACCCCAACCAAGUUCUGCACAAACGCCUCUAGGCACGUUGGCUGGGUCCACAGAAUCGUCACGAAAGACACUGACCCAUCAUGCCGCUGGUGUAGACAGCACAACCACACCCCCCCCCUCCAAGCAUAAAUCCGACACCAUCACAGAGCACCACUCUCAAACGACAAACUCCCAACCGCACAUUGUCGCACCCCUCGCCAUCAGAUCAGACCGACCAUUACUCUGCCCCACUGGCUAUUUGGCACACAAACAAAUGGCAAACGCUAGAAGCCAUAUGCGGAUGCACCACCACCCGUAA